AGGAAUGUGUACUCAUUUCUGGCCCGAUUGCUGUGUUGUGGGCACAUUUACUAAAGCAGACAUAUAUCUGAACAGUGGUUUAUCAGCGCGGCCUCAUCUCGUGCCAGUGUGAGACCGGUUUACAGACAAGAUGUCUAGCACUAGUCACGCUUCCUUCCUGCCAGUGGUUUAUUGCUUCAGUUUGAAUAGUGCGUCUGCAAGUGGGGGAGAAAACAGAUCAAAGCUACAGAACAUAGACACCGAUAGAAGAUUUCUCCAAGAAAGGUGUGUCAUCUUGAAUGAUUACAUCUCUGGAAACAAGAGACUUAAAGCUUUCCCACUACCCUCUUCCCUGUCUCCAAGGGCAAUGCAGCAGACAUGGUUUAUGGUGAUUGUUAUUCUUUAUUGCUUGGGACAGAAUGACACCCUGGGUAUUCAGGCUUGCCAACCGCAGCCUACAUGUUCUGAGUGUUUGAGAAGUCCUGGCUGUGCAUGGUGUAAACAAAAGGACUUCCUCAAGCCAGGAGAGGCGAAUGAACGUCGAUGUGAUUCGGCCGAGUCACUGCAAAGUAGGAAAUGUGCAAAUGGCCAAAUGAUCAACCCCAAGUCACCCCCGGAGGUCAAGAAGGACCGUGAGCUGAGCAGUACAAAAGAAAAUGUGAUCCAGCUGAAGCCACAGUCCAUUCACCUCAAACUGCGAAUAGGUCAGCCUUCUGAGUUUAAAGUGUCAUUCAAGCGUGCCGUGGGCUACCCCAUAGACCUGUACUACCUGAUGGACCUCAGCUUUUCCAUGAAGGAUGACCUGGACAAUAUCAAGGACUUGGGGAAGGACAUCCUCACCACUCUAGAGCAGUUCACCAAAGACAGGCACAUAGGGUUUGGAUCAUUUGUGGAUAAGGUGGCACUGCCGUACGUUAGCCAGCUGAAGUCCAGACUGAAGAACCCAUGCCCCAACCGCCUGGAAAAGUGCCAACCGGCUUUCAGCUUCCGGAACGUUCUCCCUCUGACAAAACAGGCAGAGAGGUUCAAGGUGGAGGUGGGCAAGCAAAAGAUCUCCGGUAACCUGGAUUCGCCCGAGGCCGGACUGGACGCCAUCAUGCAGUCAGUUGUCUGCCGGACUGAGAUUGGAUGGAGAAACGUCACCAGCAUUCUGGUCUACACGUCUGAUGACACCUUUCACAUGGCGGGAGAUGGACGACUGGCUGGAAUCUACAGCCCCCACGAUGGGCAGUGCCACCUAGAUGGCACAUCUACCUAUGAGGGCACACUCCAGGAUUAUCCUUCUGUAGGCCAUCUCUCUAAGGUUCUUCAGAGGAACAAUAUGCAGCUCAUCUUUGCUGUCACCGAGGAAAUCUUCCCGGCGUACAAGGCACUGAGUGAGUUGAUCCCUCGCUCUGUGGUGGGGGUGCUGACAAAAGACUCUAGCAAUGUGGUGCAGCUCAUCUCAGAUGCAUACAGAAAUCUGUCCUCCUCCAUAGUGUUUGAACAUGAGCAUGCCCCAGCAGGCCUGGCCAUCUCCUAUCGAUCACUCUGUGAGGGAGGGCAGUACCCUAACUGGAGCAGCCGAGGGGAGUGCAGCGGAGUUAAACUUGACCAGCAGGUGAAUUUCACUGUGCGCUUGAACGCAACAGCCUGCCUGGCGGAGAUGCAGCAGUUCAGCAUCAAAGUGCAGGGCAUUAGUGACAUCCUAACUGUUUUCGUGGAGACUUUCUGUGACUGCGACGGCCAUUGCCAGGACCGUGAGGAGAAAGCACCUGACUGCAAAGGCAACGGAACGUUUCACUGUGGCAUGUGCAGCUGUGAUGGUAUGCAUCUUGGCCAGCACUGUGAGUGUGAGGUGACAGACGACUUUGACUCCAUGAAGGCUCUGUCCGCACUCUGUCGUCAGACAAACAAAUCAGAGAUAUGCGAUGGCCAUGGGGACUGUGAGUGCGGGAAAUGUUCCUGCCAUAGCCAUUAUCGCGGUGAUUACUGUGAAUGUGAUGACAAGAGCUGUUCCCAGGACAACAAUAUGCAGUGGUGCAACGGCAAGGGCUCAUGCAACUGUGGCAAAUGUCUGUGUGAGGAGGGAUACACUGGUGAAAGUUGUCACUGUCCUGUGGACAAACGGGACUGUAUUAAAGGUGAUGGCCUGGUGUGCAGUGGACAAGGCGAGUGUCCUUGUGACCGAUGCAUCUGCAAUGGGAAAGUCACUGGGAAGUACUGCCAGUCGAUCCAAGAGCCAUGUAGCAAAAAGUAUCAGACAUGCACACUGUGUGCCGUUCAGAAGGGGGAGGACUGCAAUACGGAAUGUGAUGGUAUGACUACAAAGAAGGUGCCUGGCCCACAAGAAUAUGUCUGUCUUCAUGAGGGACUCACCUUCCAAGUCAAAGUAACAGAUGAAGGACUCAUCCAGAUACUCUACGCAGACCUGCCCCAAUCGAUUGAUAAAACACACGUCAUCAUCGGGAGCUCAGUGAUCAGUAUUUUGUUGAUCGGUAUUGUGGUGAUCAUCGUGUACCGGCUGCUGAUAGAGCUGUACGACCGCAACGAAUACCGCAACUUUCUGAACGCCCAGAAGCAGACUACGUGGAAUGAACAAAACAAUCCGCUCUUCCAGGAAGCCACUACGACCGUCAUGAACCCCUUGCAUGAAGGGGAUGAUUAGAGAAGACUUGCAUGUCUGUCAUGUUCAGCACGGCCUCUGUUCUCUCAUCAAGUGAUGACUUACAUUUACAGGGAGAAAUCAUUGUUUUAAAGACAUGAAUUAAUUCAUGUUCCAAAAAAUGUAUGGUAUUAGUUUGUAAAAAAGAUUAUCGUAAGUUUUUUUGUAAAUGUAUAUCACAUGUUUUAAUUUAAAGGAAGAGAUUUAUACGGGAAUGUUUAAGAUGUAAUCUGUUUAAUUUGCCAAGACAGUCUUCUAAUUAUACUUGAAUGAAAUCGGCUUGUUGUUACAAUAAACUUUUGAAAGGGUUAGUUAUA